AUGAUUAUUCAGAAAAGAGAACACAUUGAGCUGAUGCAGAUGGCAAAGCCAUUGAAAUCUUUGAUUGAUGAUUUGGCCAAUUGUGAAUUACGCGAUUUGCCAGUCAGACUCAAUGCUAAUUUGAAAUGGGAGAGACCACGCGGUGAUCUAUUGCAUUGGAUCCCCGUGUUGAACAGAAUGGAUCUGAUAUUUGAAGAGAUGAUCAAGAAGUAUGGUUUGAAUGACGAGUUUGUGAAGCUACAAAUCAUAUCCCUUCAAGAUCAAUCACUCAUCAUUGCGUGUCUACAAUUCACACAUACCCUCUUGGAGCAUUGUUCUGACAGACUGAUAUAUGCAAGCAGCGAGAGAGUCUUUGAUUUAAUAAACACCCCCACCGUGGAUGUUAGAUUGAAAGCGUUGGAAGUUGCCGUUUUGAUUGCUGAAAAGUUUGCUCAGAAUAACAAUGCCAAGUACUCCGCCCCCAAAUCAACCAAACAAAAAGUGUUGGAACUUGCCAGGUCUUACCCUCCUAUGGUUCCUGUGGACAGCGCCGUGAAACAACAGCAUAAAGCAAACAUACAAAAGAAGGAUGAAAAGUCUAGUAUUAUCGGUGAUCAUUUUAAUUUCGUGGAUACUUUAACGUCCAAGAAGAAAUACCCUAGUAAGUGGAAGUAUAUAAAUUUCCAGUAUUACAAAUCAUCAUUACUUCCUCUAAAGCCAGAAAGUCAUGCAUCCACUACGACAGAAGCUAGUAAGAAAAAGGAGAGCAAGAAAAAGCCGCAAAAGUUGGUGGUUUCUGAAGGAUUGAAUACGUUUACCAUGGGUGAAGAUGUUGUAAGAAAACUCACAUUGGAGCAAAUUUAUGAUAAAGCUGCCGAGGUUAUUCCCAAGGAAUUUUGGUUCAACUUUGGCAUGCAUGCUGCUGUUGCUAAAUCAUUCAAUACCAAAUCAUAUGAAUCAAUGAAGCUCAGAGAAAAGUUAUUACAAAUCAAAUGUCUUGCUGUUGGUUUUACUUGUAAUAUGUUCAAUGUGCAAAACACAUCUUCGAAGUUAUUUGAGGCUGAACCAUAUAUUUUCAGUUUUUUGGUGGAUGCCGUCCUGCCAGAGAAUAUCGAUCGAGUUCCUAAAGAUGUUCAUUUUACUGCAAUCAGAAUCCUUGAAUGCAUUUCUUUGAAGCGAGUAUGGGGUGGAGAUAUUAUACGUUGCAUGGGUGGUAAUGUCAGUCAUGGAGUCUUGUUUCAAUUGAUAAGGCAUAUUUGCAAGAUGGUCAAGGAACAGGAUGAUGACUAUUUUGAAGAAGGUUAUAUUCAUUUCUUCAAUAUGCUAGGAAACAUGAUCAAUACCAAGAGCUUGAUACAAAAACUUACAGCAGGUGGUAUUUUAAAUGAUUUAAUGGCAUUUAUGAAUUUGCAUACAAAAUACAGAUGGUCUUGUUCUGCCGCUUCACAUUUAAUCGCGAUAUAUUUGACUGGGUCUCCAAGUUCAUUGGAUGAUUUUGUGGCCAAUAAUGGUUUCAAUCUUUUGAUUGAAGCAAUUGGAUAUGAAGUUGAUUUUGCAUUGGAGAAUCCUGAAUAUGGAGGUGGACCGCCAAAGAAUGCGAUUGUACAUUAUACGAUUUCAUUUAGACAGGCAAAUUAUAUAAGAAAUUUGAUGAAGUUAGUUGCUGAUAUAAUCCAAUCUGACGUUGGUGAUAGAUUAAGAAACUUAUUUGAUUCACCAUUAUUGGAAAGUUUCAACAAGAUCUUGACUCAUCCCCAUGUGUUUGGACCAUUGAUUCUAUCAUCCACUGUUGACUCAGUGUUUUACAUCAUCCAUAAUGAACCAACUGCAUUCUCAAUCCUUAAUGAGGCCAAAGUAAUAGAUACUAUUUUAGACAAUUAUGAAAGUUUGUUUUUGCCAUCUAGUGAGUUAUUAAUGAGUUUACCUGAAGUGUUGGGAGCAAUCUGUUUGAAUAAUGAAGGGUUGAGAAAGAUUAAGGAAAAGAAGAUCAUAUCCACCUAUUUCAAAACUUUCUACAACUUACCUAAUGCCAAGGAAUUGGUGAAUUCUGACAUGUCAACCAAUUUGGGUUGUUCCUUUGAUGAAUUGGGAAGACAUUUCCCAUCCUUGAAACCUGUAAUACUUGCUGAGACCAAAUCUUUGAUUGAAAAUGUUAGUUCGUACGUCGAUGACCGUUUGAGUGGUGUCAAGUUUUAUUCGUCCAAAAUUGGUUCAUUAUACAAGAGCAAAGAUGAGCCAUCUCAAAUAAAUGAAGAUGGUGAAAAGGAAAUUGAAAGCUGGGACACUUCUGAUUAUGCAUAUUUGCUUGACAAUGUCUACUUCUUCCUUGGUGGUUUACUUCAAGAUAGUGGACAAUGGGGACCUGAAGCUAUUCAAAAGAUUGAGUUUAAAACCUGGGUUAAAUUUUUAACGUUGAAAAAUGCUCCUUAUGAUUAUUUAUUAUCCAAUGGAAUCUCGUCGUUGAUGGGAAUAUUGAAGUAUUUUGAUGAUGAGAAGAGAGAUUAUGGAUUGCCGGUCGUUUUGGAUAAAUUGAAAGAAUUGCUUGAUCUUGACGAAGUUCAGAAUUAUAUUCAAUAUAGCAGCACGGAACAAUCAUAUUUUGCAACAUUGGAUGAGAAAUCAGCUACCUUGCUUUUCCAACAUUUGAAUUCAAUUAAUACAAUCUUGUAUGCGAUUGCAGAAAUUUACAUAAACUUGGGAUUAAUGUUUCAAGAAAGAUUCCUUCAAAUUAUUGAGCAUUUUGGUGGUUAUGGACUCAAGACUAUUUCUGAUUUGGCAUUGCUUUUGGAACGAAGUAUACUCGAAGAAACCAUUAUACGUUCAUCCAUCCCCGAUGAAGUACUGAAACUUACUUCGAUUGUGUCUACCGAUAGUCCACCAUUAUUGAUACAUGCAACUGAACCUUCUAAGGACACACCUGAAUCCAGUGGAACAAGUGCCAAAUUCAAGAAUACAUUACAAAUUAGAUUCUUCAGUUACUAUUUCCAAAGUUACAUAUCAUUAAUACUAGCAUGCAUUGCUCGGGCAUGUACACCUAAGCGACAAGAUUUUGCUGACAUCGAAAUGAGGAGAGAUGGUGUGGAGAUUAUCAUAGAAUUGGGAAAAGUGUUUGCUUCGGCAAUUUCAAGACCAUUCACCAACAAGUAUGUCAAGUAUUGCUAUAUUUUGAAUCUUUCCAAUUCGGUGCUAUAUAUAUUAUCCCAGAAGGAAAGAGCUAGAGACACCGUUCUUGUUUCUUUUGCUAUUUCUUUAUUUCAAAACGGGUAUUUUGAAAGCUUACAAGAGAUUGCGGUUGAAUUAUGGAAUGAGUUGUUACUUAUGGAUCCACUUGUAGCCAAGGAAACUGCUGAACUCAAAUACAUCAGUACACACGAAAGUAGUAUUGUCAAAAAUGCAUUAAGUCAAGUCCUUAUGAUCUUUGCCAAGUCGGUAAACUCGGAAAUUAUUACAUUCUUACCUUUUCCCAAAUUGUAUUUUGCAAGUGGUUAUGAGAGUGAUGUUGAAAGCAAAAUAAUCUCAAGUUUAGUUACCCAAAUUAGGGGAAUUGCAUUUAAAUUGUUGGAAGAAACCAUUGGUUUAAAUUCAAAGAUUUCUGACAAUGGUAGUGGAGUUACUGCUGCCAAUAUUCCAUCACCAUUAGUUGAGCAAAUGGUUUAUAUUGCUAAACAUGUCUACAGUGGUAAAAAUGAGUCUUCUGAAGUUGAAUUUAUCCCAUUUGAUGUUAGAAACGUCUUUCCACCAUCUGAUCAAGUAGCCUAUUUGAUUUCCCUUGGUAUGUCGGAAUCACAAGCUAACCAUUUCUUCAAACAUGGGCUUGUUUUGAAGGAUAUUGUUAAUAAGACCUAUACUGAUUGUCCACAAAUGCAUUUGACUGUGGAAGAAUGGGACAAGUUUAGUGAAGAAAUACAAAGCGAUGAUCAUGACUUUAGUGUUGAUUUCCCCACCUAUAGAAAAUCUAAGGAGAUUAUUGACGAAAAGAAAAGACAUUCAGACAUGUUUGUGGAUGAGUGGUUAAACAUUGCUACCCAGUUUCCAAAAGUUGUUGCACCAAUUUCUGAAUUAUUUGCGACAUUCUCAACUGAUAAGGUGGUGACUAGAUUAGGAUUUUUGGUUAGCAUACUGAAAUGGAGAAAGGAAGAAAAUUCCAGUGCAUUUGGGGUUUAUUUGCAUUUGAUCUCACUUUUGUUCCUGGCUAAUGCAGAUUUCAACAGUUUUCGGGGUAUUUUUGAAAAUAUGACAACUGUAUUGCAUUCGGGAAUAUUGCAUGACGAAUAUGUAAAUGAAUCAUUUUUCCCAUUCUUGAUGUCUAUUUUGGAAGCAUUGUUGGUGUAUAAAGAUGAUCCUGAACCUAGUGAAACCAAACAUGAGAGCAUAAGAUAUUCAAAAUCUAACACUUAUUACCGUUUGGAUGAUGAUAUACAAUUGAAGAUAUUCAAGCAGCUCAUUGAAAUUAAGGAAAUUAGAAACUCAAAUUCUGCAAAUAGUUUGGCCCGUGUGCUUGCAAUGUACGCCAAGAAUCAAGAAUAUUCCCAAUUACUUAGGGAAAGUGAAGUUGUUAAAUACUUGAUCAAAACUUUAAGAACACCAAUUAAAGAGAAGCCAAUUCUGGAAUCAUUGAAAACAUCCAUUGUAUUAAUUUUAAGAUAUGCUUUUGAAACACCUGAAGUCAAGAGAAACUUAAUAAAUUUUGAUGUGGCAAACUAUUUUAACAUUACUUCUACCCGUGUCAAAGAUCUUUAUUUAUGCUUAAAGGAUCAAUCAGAUUUGAUCUGGAGAGAUGCGGAAGCUUUUGAGGAUAUUUUGUGCAAGGAUGUUAGGUUGGAGGGUUACAGUGGAUCUGAAUUCUUUUUGAAUAAAAUUCCAAUCAAGAAAAUUAAAAAGACUGAAGAGGAUACAGAAGAUGUGAAAAUGACCGAUGCAACUACUGGAGAAAGUCAACCUAAACGAAUUGAAACACCUACUGUCAUGAAUAUCCUUCUCAAUGAAUUAAUGAGCAUUGUCAAGAGUGACUGGCUUGCUGAUCCCGUUGAAGCUCCAGAAACCAAAGAAGUAAAGAAGGAAGAUUUAUUUUCUAAUGAAUUAUUUGGAUAUGGUUGUUUCCUUAUUCAAACCAUAACUGAACUUUUGGGAUCUUAUAAGUUGGCCAAAUUUGAAUUUUUGACUUUUUCAAAAAAGAUGAAACCAAAUGAUCCAUUGAAACCACGGUCAUCUUCCUUGAACUUCUUCUUCCAUCAAUUAGUUCCUACCCAUCUGUUGGAAAAGUCUUCAGGAGUCGAAUAUGAAAGACGCUGUGCUAUUUCUUCAAUUGCCAAGAUGACACUUCUUGCAUUGACAUCCACUCCAAUCCUUGAUGAAGACAAUAAUCCAGAUGCCAAGAAGGAAGAUCCUGAUUUGGGCUUUAUUAGAAGAUAUGUGGUUGAAGUGCUCACCAAAAUUCUUAAAGACACUAUUCAGCUGAAUAACUUGGCCCAAGUUCGUUAUGGAAAAUUGUUUGACUUGUUUGAAUUAACUGGGCUUUUAGUAUCUACUAAGUUCCGGGAUGCAGCCGGUCCUUUAUUGAAUAAUAGGGCUAUUAAAUUUGAUCAAUUUUACAUUUCCAAGGUUUACAUUGAGAAACAAGUUCCCAAUUUAUUAACUUCCUUGCUUGCUGAUUUGGAUUUGAACUUUCCUGAUAUUGAGAGAGUCGUCAAGGCUGGUCUCAAACCGCUUUCAUUGUUGGGAAAGAGUAAGGUUGAUUUUCAAGAGCUUUUUGCUGGUGAUAAUCAAGGUGAGAAUGAUGACGAUGAUAUAAUGCCUGAAGAUGUUGAUGAUAGAGAAGAAACCCCUGAUUUGUUCCGUAAUUCUACUUUGGGAAUGUAUGAUGUUGAUUUCAAUAGUGAAGAUGAGGAUUCAGAUAUGUACUAUGAUGAAGAAGGUCCUUUGGAAGUAUUAUCUGGAGAAGAAAUUGAAUCGGACGAUGAAUCUUCGGAACUUUCUGCAAUUGAUUCAGAUCAAGACGAUGUUGAAAUUAGUAUGGAUGACGAGCAUGCUUCGGAUGACGAAUAUUAUGGUACUAUUGAUGGAGAUGUUUCAGAUAGUAGCAUUGAUGAUAUUGAGAUUAUUGAUGAAUUGGAUUUGGGUUCUCAUUCAGAUGGCGAAGGUGAAGAGGGAAGCUCUUCUGAAUCAGGAUUGUAUGAAUACGAAGAUGAGGGUGAUUUAAGUGAAUAUGAUGAAGAUGAGUUGGAUGGCUGGAUUGAACAGCUUGAGGAUGGUGACCAUUAUUCUAGUGAUGAAGAUAUUGCUGAUGAACAAUCUGCUGUUACUACCAUGGGAAGAGUGGAGAGAUCCGUUGAUCUAGAUGCUGAUGAUGAAUCAGAUGGUUAUUCUAGUAAUGAGGGAAUCCUGGAAAUUGAAGUCACGUUGGAUGCUGCACAAGGUGGUCGAGUCAGAAGAUUGUUGGAUCAAGCUGGGUUGUCCCAGUUAGAUAGAACUUCACCUGCAUUGGCACAAUUAUUUGACAGAUUAUUCCGUGAAGGUGGGUUUAGAGGCACUUUCGAAGUUUCUGAUCAAGAAGAUCUGUUUGCAACCAAUCCAAUUGGCCGUAUCUUUGAUAAUAUGUUACAUUUGAGACCACGUAGAGGAAAUGAAACCGGUGAGAGCAUGCAUAUCAAAUCAACUAGAGAACGUUGGCAAGAUGCUUUCAAGAUGUUUUAUCCAAAGGAGAAGAAGGACAAGAAUGAUUUGGUGUUAAGGGUUAUUCCUGAUAUUGUCAAUAGAAUUGAAGAAGAUAGUAUUGCAUUAUAUAAACAGAAGCAAUCUGAGCUUGAGAAAAUCCGCAAGGAACGCGAAGAGAAGUUGAAGAAGAAGAUUGAAGAAGAAGCCAAAAAGAAACUAGAGGAAGCCAAACAACGCGAAUUGAAUGCUGCUAAUGCACCUCCUCAUGAACCAGUCAUGGUUCGUAUUGGAGAUCGUGAUGUUGAUAUUGGAGGUACUGAAAUCGAUCGUAAUUUCAUUGAAGCAUUACCAGAAGAUAUGCGUGAAGAAGUUUUCACUCAAUAUGUUAGAGAAAGAAGAGCAAAUGCUACCAGUACUGGUGAAGAAACUCGUGAAAUUGAUCCUGACUUUUUGGAAGCUUUACCAGGACAUAUUAGAGACGAAAUUCUUCAGCAAGAAGCCAUGACGAGAAGAUAUGCUUCAUUUGAAGAAGGUUUGAACGAUGAUGAAGAAACUGGAGAUCAAGAAGGUGAAGAUGAAGAUGAAUUUAUGGAUUUUGAAGUUGGUGGACUGUCGUCAUCACGUCGUGCAAGUACUGCUGCUAGUGCAAAGAAACCAUCGAAGAAGGUAUUUUUCACUCCUUUGGUUGAUCGUCCUGGUAUUUCUGCGUUGAUUCGACUUUUGUUUUCACCAUUGUCAAUUAAUCAAAGGGAACAUGUUUAUCAUUCAUUGCAUUAUUUGUGUCAUAAUAAGCAAAGUAGAAUUGAAAUUAUGAGUUUGCUAAUUGCUAUUGUUUAUGAUUGUUUUACAAAUCAACGUCCUAUUGAAAAGAUUUAUACUCAAGUCUGCAGUCGAGCAAAUGGAUCUAAGGAUAUUAAAUCCAAGCAUGGAAUUCCCGUUGGUGCUACUCAAAUAUCCGUUGGUAUUCAGAUCAUUGAAGCUAUUGAUUAUUUAUUGGAACGCAAUAGUCAUUUGAGAUAUUAUUUGUUGACGGAACACGAAAAUGUAUUCCUCACGAAAAAGGCCAAUAAGACAUUUGUUAAAUUAGGCGAUUCCACGAAAGAGGGUAAGUUUGCAUUGAACCAUUUGUUGAGAUUGCUUGAUAAUGUUCUUGUUCGCGAAGAUCAAACCUUUUUGGACCUUCUUGCCAGAGUGCUUCAAGUAUCUACUCGUCCAUUACAAGUUUUGAAAGAACAUGAAAAUGAAUCUCUGCCAUUGCAACUUCCGGUUAUUCGUCAAGAAAACUAUCGACAAAUAAUUAAGAUAUUGACUGGUAAUGAUUGCUCCAAUACAACAUUUAGAAGAACUAUCAGUGCCAUGCAAAAUUUAUCUGUGUUGCCCAAUGCACAGAAGGCAUUCUCUAUGGAAUUAUCUGACCAAGCUUCGACUUUAGGGUUUAAGAUUAUAACUGACUUGAAUAAUUUGACCAAGGAGUUGCGUGGAACCAAUUAUAGCUCUGAAAGUAAAUCAUUUUCUAAAUUCAGUGCUCAUUCAUCUGAUCAAGCUAAAUUAUUGAGAAUAUUAACUGCAUUGGAUUAUAUGUUUGAAACUAAAGAACGAGAAAGAAAACAACAAGACAAGAGUUUUACUAGUGAACCUUUGGAUGAAAUUGAAGAAUUGACGGGAUUAUACAAGAAAUUGGCCUUAGGUACUCUUUGGGAUGCCUUGAGUGAAUGUUUACGGGUUUUAGAAGAAAAUCCACAAUUACAUAAUGUUGCCAAUGCUUUGUUGCCGCUUAUUGAAGCAUUGAUGGUUGUUUGUAAACAUAGUAAAGUGAGGGAAUUGCCAUUGAAGGAAAUUUUGAAGUACGAAGCUAAAAAGAUUGAUUUUACUAAGGAGCCAAUUGAGUCGUUAUUUUUCUCCUUUACUGAUGAACACAAGAAAAUCCUCAAUCAAAUGGUUAGAGUUAAUCCUAAUUUAAUGAGUGGGCCUUUUGGAAUGUUGGUUAGAAAUCCACGAGUAUUGGAAUUUGAUAAUAAAAAGAAUUAUUUUGACAGGAAAUUGCAUCAAGAUAAGAAGGAAAAUUCCAAGUUAUCAGUCAAUGUUCGUCGUGACCAAGUGUUUUUGGACUCUUAUCGUUCUUUAUUCUUUAAAUCUCGGGACGAGUUUAGAAAUUCCAAGUUGGAAAUUAAUUUCAAGGGAGAACAAGGUAUCGAUGCUGGUGGUGUUACUAGAGAAUGGUAUCAAGUUUUGAGUAGACAGAUGUUUAACCCUGAUUAUGCAUUGUUCACUCCAGUUGUUGCUGAUAGAACCACAUUCCAUCCUAAUAGAACUUCAUACAUCAAUCCAGAGCAUUUGUCAUUCUUUAAAUUUAUUGGAAGAAUUAUUGGUAAAGCAAUUUAUGAUAACUGUUACUUGGAUUGUCAUUUCUCAAGAGCUGUUUACAAGCAAAUCUUGGGUAAGAAACAAUCAUUAAAGGAUAUGGAAUCGUUAGAUUUAGAAUAUACUAAAUCGUUAAUGUGGAUGUUGGAGAAUGAUAUUACUGACGUUAUCACAGAAGAUUUCUCGGUUGAGACUGAUGACUAUGGUGAACACAAGAUUAUUGAUUUGAUUCCUAACGGUAGGAACAUUCCUGUAACUGAAGAGAACAAACAGGAAUAUGUCAAGAAGGUUGUUGAAUAUAGACUACAAACUUCUGUUGAAGAACAAAUGGAUAAUUUUUUGAUUGGAUUCCAUGAAAUUAUUCCCAAGGAUUUGAUUGCCAUUUUUGAUGAGCAAGAAUUGGAAUUGUUGAUUAGUGGUUUACCUGAUAUCAAUGUUAGUGAUUGGCAAAGCAACACUAUUUAUAAUAACUAUUCUCCAUCAAGUAUUCAAAUUCAAUGGUUCUGGAGAGCUGUUAAAUCGUUUGAUAAUGAAGAACGAGCAAGAUUGUUGCAAUUUGCAACUGGUACUUCUAAGGUGCCAUUAAAUGGAUUUAAAGAGUUGAGUGGGGCUAGUGGUACUUGUAAAUUUAGUAUCCAUCGUGAUUAUGGUUCAACUGAUAGAUUACCUUCAUCGCAUACAUGUUUCAACCAAGUUGAUUUACCUGCUUAUGAAAGUUAUGAAACUUUGAGAGGUUCUUUGUUGAUGGCUAUAACUGAAGGUCAUGAAGGAUUUGGAUUAGCUUAG